AUCAAAAUAUCAACAGAGAGAAGAAACGCGCAACAAAGUAGCAUAAAAUGACUUUGAACUUUGAGCACAUCAUCAGUAGCGCUCCUUCUGACUUGUGUUUGUAAGGAAUAUGAAUGAUGAACCGGAAUAUGGAUCAUUUUGGCACAUUUAUCGCCGUGGUGUCAGGUGUAACUGUGUUGUAUCUCUUUCACUCAGUCUUCACUUCUCACACCUCAUUUAAAACUCACACAGUCUUCGACUCCCAGAGACAUUUGCCAGGUUCAGUUUACCUCAUGACCAGAUACAUUUAUGAAUCUUUCCGCAAAAAACGAGGAAUAAUGAGGAAAAACAAAGACGCAAAUGACGAGCUUGUUUUCACUUUGAUCAACUGCAGGUAUGAUGCCGUAUCUUUGAGGAGGUUCUGCAGCGUUUCAGGUUAUGGUUGGGACUAUCCUGACAGUGUCUUCAGAGACGUUCCCUUGUGCUACCCUGAGUUUCUCUUCAACAGACUUCUCACUAUGAUCGUGUGCUCCGAGAGAUUCAGACUAAGCCCUUUGGGUCUGUUGAGUGUCCAUGAGCGUUUGAGUCUGAGCGAUGCCGUGGAUGAGCUGAAGAGAGGGACGUUCUCCCUGCAGGCCAGAGUACUGGAGUACAGGACUGUUAGUGCCGGAGUGGAGGUGGAUCUCGCUUUAACUGUAUCUAGAGAUCAGCAGACCGUUUGGAGCAGCACACUGACUCUACUCUCUCCUAAAAAUACAUACAGACCUGAUGCUCAGCCUGACUUGGAGAUCACUCAUGAUCCAGUUUCAGAGAGAUACAUCAGCCUGGCUGUUCCUUGGUCCACAGGUGUGAGGAGCACCUGGGUGUUCGGUGACCUCUGCCCUCUGCCUGUGUUUGUUUGGCUGGGAUUUACCUGUCCCACCACACACCGGCUGUGGAUGUUCUCCAGGUGCAUGGCAGAAAUGGAGAAACACAAAGGAGUUGAAGUGGUGAGAGCUCCUCUGACUGUGUCAGUCUGUUACAAACAGCCCGUGUCUUUACCGAGGAAAGUCACCAUCAGAGUCAGUGAAAACACUAGUGAAACCUUAAGCACAGCAUCAUUUUCAUUGGAGGACCACAGAACCAGGACACUGUACCUCUCAGGACUGAUAAAGCGACAGACUGAUGAUGGUGAAUGAUGGUGAUGUAAUCCUUACAGAAAGGAUACUAUGCACUCAACGGCAGGGGUGUCAGAUGGGGUAAUGGUGGAACUGAGUAAAAGAGGCCAUCACAAACUGUGAUCUCAGCCCGAAACCUAAAAUACAAGGGCCCUAGGAAUGAUGCUCCUAUUUAAAUGGUGCCAUAGUUGACGAUAUUUGAAAUGUCUACUUUAAAAACAAUUAAGGGGAAUUAUCUUGGAGAACAGGAAUUCUCUUGCUCUAUUGAACUGAAGGAAUGUCCUGUGCAGACGGACACUUACUCCUCAGUCCACUCUUACAGAUACUGUAUAAUAAUUCACAUAUAAAUUCAUAUUCUUUAUUCGGGAACUUGACGCACUCUGCUGAACUACAGCAGAGGUUAAUCAAUCGUAACACCAGCCAUUUACACACAGAAGCCUUAAAUAUACAGAAUCAAAACUACCUGAUUUGAAAAUGGUCAUAUAACUAAAUAAAAGUUUUUUUUUUGUGUGUGCAAGGAAACAUCAAUAAAAAAAUGCUACAAAAUUGUUAAAUAUUUCUCAUUUAAACAGGGUUAUAUUCUAUAUUUUUGCUUUUAAUUUACUAUUGUGUAAUGCAUAAUGCAUUGUACAUGUGCAGUCAAAUCACUUUUAAUCAGUGUCUGUGUCAGUAGGGGAGGAGUUUGAGUGGAGGGCCGUUUCUCAUGAAUAUUUCAGUCUCUCCCCUCUUCCUUUCCCUAUGCAUGCACACACGUGUGUAAGUGCUCCAUGUGUAUUAUUCAUAAGUAUGUGUUCAGCGUAUGAGGAGGGGUUUCUCACAAAAACUGCUUUCAAAACAACUUGACGUGUGUGUGUGUGUGUGUGUGUAUACACACAGUAUAUAAAAUAUACAAUAUAAAUAUAUUUUAUAUAUUAUGCCAGUAAAUUGACCUUGUUCGCACUGAAUCAGUUAGGACCAGUUAGGAAAUACUUAAUUAUAAUGUUCAGUUAUCGUUGGUAAUUGUAUUGUCUCUUAAUAUGGUCAAUGUAAUAUAUUUCAUUUUGGGAGACACAUAGAUGGAUUGAUA